CCGGGAUGGUGUUGAGAACCAAACUCGGCCAAAGUUGAAGACAAUGGGUCGGCUGGCUGGCGAAUAUAUAAGAAACGCUUCCGAACAUCAGCGGUCCAGAUCAUUCGUCUUACUCCGUUGCGCUCUUCGUCAGUCAUCUUGACCACUCGUCAUCCUUAACUUUCACCCACUCCCUGCAAUCACCUCUACUCACAAUGGACACUUUCACCACCAUCGAAGUCAGCGCGUCAGCCACCUCUGAGAAUUCCCUGCCCUUUGCUUCAGGCGACUUUGACGAGACCCUGCCUUCCAUCCCUAUUGACCAAGAAUUCCAAGGCAACACUGGAGGGACUCGAGACCCAUUCUACUGCGUUGUCGCUUAACCCAACCGAAACAUUGACCUACCAACGACCAAGCCAUACGAAGCAUUUCUCAUGUCGGAGACAUGAUGUAGUACCAGCAGCACCCACUAUCAUUAACCUUCUACUUAUCUGUCUCUGUAUCAAUUGCGCUGUACGAGUCCAUUCCUUUCAACAUAUUAUUGUGCCCGAUGGGCUAGGGACGUGGCCAAAUCUCAUGAUCAAUGGCAUUUGAUAUGAUACAUGUUGUCCGUACCCUGCUCUAUUCGACUUGCAUCGGUGCCGUUCUCUCAUAAGCAGGGGGGCGAUUUCGCCCGUCAUAAGCUGGCAAAGCAUCCUUCCCUCGUGAAUAUCUACCCUCAAGCCCCAAACGACGGCCCCCGGGACCUAUUUCCAGCCCGUGUGUUCUGGAUUCAGGGGGCAUGUAUGCUGCAGUUGGAUAGGCCAGACGCGCUUCCGGCAUCCCGAGAUGCGCAUAUCCCCAAAGCUCUGUAGUCGUGAGCGGGUGCUCCGGCCAUUCCUCGCGCAGCGGGGGGAGAAGAAAGCUCCUGCCAGCAGACGCUCGUUCCCGGAAUAUGCUACUGAGAAGUCCAUCAGCGCACGAUCCGGAUCAUACUUUGCAGAAAAAAGGACCUUUUCCAGAGUAUGAAGCCUAAGAGUAUGACCACCUGGGGGAUUGAGAUCGGCGAGGAAGUCUGACAGUCUUGGGUGGAGCACCUACAGCAGCGAUGACCACCCACUCAAUGACGGCUUUCCGAGAACUCGAGCUGGCGUUGGACUGAUCGGAGCCGGCUUGAGGAAAGACCAAGGAGGCGAGGAUUUCUCUCGCGGAGACCGCUCCCACCGGAUGGUCCGAGCGAGAGGCUAGAGAGGUAAGACGAUAUGUCCGCACAGGCAUCGUUCGUUAGAUGUAUGAUGAUGCUCAGACUCGUGCCUAUCGGCGACUUCAAGUUCAGAGGCUCGCACUUCUGAUCCAGAGGACUGUCGGAUUUACUCGACAGGCAGGUCUAGAUGAGUGAAGGGUGGGGGGGCAGGGAUAGGGCCAAUGCUUGUCCCGAGCUAUACACGUGUGCCUUUUCCAGUUACGUCCUCAUUGGGUUCUUCCCGCGAAGAAGCCCCACCAGGAAGGAAACGGUAGUGCCUUCCGCAGAAUGUAGAGUCGGCACCACGGAUGUGCACAGCGGCCAGGGCCCAGAACAGGACUUGAGGUUUGUCCAGGACAGAUCCAUUCAUGGCAAAACGAGAGGACAAACACCUGGGCUCGGGAAGACUUCGUGGUAUAUGGGCCCGAGAAGUCAUGAACAAUGUCCCUCGACUGCUGGGUGUCCGUACGCGCCAAUUAUGCGGCCACUGAAUAAGGAACCUUGACGCCAGUGGCGCUGGUCCAGGUAAGGCCGAGCUGAGCGCCGACGGCAUUCGAAGAGACAGGGAACUGUCGUCCAUCCGAUGAUACAUCACAUGAUGCAAAGCCAAUCCUGCCUUCAGAAGAUGUAGACACCGCGCCAACAGAGCACGUCUGAUCAUUCGACAACGGUUCCAUCGUCGCAAUUGGCGUACAGCCGGAGUGGCACGGACGACUGGUGAUUCCAUCGAAAGGAGCGACAGUAAAGCACAGAAGGCAUCGAGUCGAUGUCAAUAGGUGCGGCGAGAUGACGCUCUUCGAUGCCGUGCCAGAUGGCCCGUGGCAGGUGGAUCCAACCAGUCCUGGUGAGGGGUGAGCAGGAGGACAGACCGAGGCAUAAGGGACUUUCUUACAGCCGAGUCCUUUGAGCAGGCAUGUGCGAUCUCAGUGCUCGGUUCUGGAGGAGUAGUAGCAGCAUGUGCCAGUGCUACGCAAGACAGAGGGUAAGGCGUUCUUGGUCAUUAAUGAACUGGUGAGCGAAGGAGAUCUACAUCCAAAGCCAGAGUUGCGUUCGGUAGAUUACUGCAGACACAGUGACAUGCCUCGUCUCGCAGAGUCUGCGCAGACGUAGCGAUUGGGAGCACGGUUGUCGAGAAUCAAGCGUCAGUGGCUGUUUCAAACUGCAUCGCUUCCCAUCAGGAGAGACCGGCAAUUUCCGAGACCAUUCUCCCCAUUCCAUGCACCCUGCGACGGCUUUCAAGCCAGAAAGAAUUUCCUCACUCCGGUGUCGUUCUAUGUACUAUUUUGACUCCAGAAGCUGCUGCACCAUCCCAAUCUGCUGCAUGACACCUUGGCCCACUGGUCAUUAGACUGAGAACCCUGAUGCCAUCUGCUUCAUCAGUGCCUGUGGUCGGGCCCUCGGACGUGCAAGAGGACAAGAUCCAGAUGUAAUAACAUUCUUUCCUUCGGCCUCUCACCUAUCCUACUUCCCCGACGCUUGUAGACGUUUCCCCAAUGACGCUCACCCCCCGCCGGGCAUCGAAGAAGGAGCGUGCGCUCCAGCACGGCGCAGUAGCAUGCGCGUUCCUAAAGGAUGUCGGGAACGCGGUCAACCAGCCGUACUUGCAGGUUAUGGCCAGUGUGGCACUGGUGAUCAUAGAAACAGUUCAGAGAGUGCAAAACAACAGAGAUGCUUGCGAGCGGAUGACUGAGCGCGCGUACGAGCUCGUCUGUGCCGUCGUGAACAUUUGCUGCGACCCGCAGACGGAACUGUCGCCUGCGAUCGCCCGCAGCGUCACGCAAUUCACUGAGACCCUCGAGAAGAUACUGACGUUCGUGCGCAGCCAGGUGCGCGGCGGGUUCUGGAGACGGGUCUUUCGGUCGAUGGACGACGCAGACCUGAUCGCGGAUUGCAAUGCUGGCCUCAAGCACGCACUGGACGUCUUCGGUGUUCAAUCGGGGAUCAUUGCUGCCAGGACCAUGGCAGAGAUGCAGAAAGAUGCUUCACAGCGCCACGAAGAACUCGUCGCCAUCCUCAAGGAGAAACGAUCUCAGCGAAUCUCUAUACGAGUCGAUGAUGGGUCUCCCCUUGGUGGAUCACCACGAAGGAAGCGUCCAGCUAUUGUCGAGCCGCCGCCCGCCAACACCAUCUCCAUGCUCCCUGCUUCCCCUAAGAUCUUUUAUGGUCGGGAGGACGAGUUGAGGCGUAUCGUCGCAGCGAUUACAACCUCCCAGCCCGCACGUGUGUGCAUUUGUGGUCCCAAUGGGAUAGGAAAGACAGUGGUUGCGCUCGCUGCCAGUCACCACGCGGACAUUUCCAUUAUGUUCGGCGGUCGACGCUACUUUGUGGAGUGCACUGGCGCAAAGGACCCAAAACAUCUCGUCGCCAUGGUAUCACAAGCAUUGGGUGUAGUGGGCGCUGGUCGGAAACGCCUCAUUCGUUGCUUGACUUCUCUAGCUGCAGACGAGACGCCGAUUCUUCUGAUCCUUGACGGACUUGAAAGCGCCUGGAAGCCGCACCAACACCGCAACGACGUGGAGGACUUGCUCGCGCUCCUGGCUGACAUCAAUUAUCUCACGCUUCUCGUGACUAUCCGUGGCAGCCAACGACCUCGGCAGGUUCUCUGGACACGACCCUUUCUGCGUCCUCUGCAGUCGCUCGACGAUCCGGCGGCUCGCGCCACUUUCCUGGAUAUCUCGGACGUGUCUCCGGACGAUGAGAGUCUCCCGGAGCUGCUGAGCCUCUCUGGGAACAACCCAGCCACGAUCACACACUUGGCUGGUCUCGCCUCCUUUGAAGGGUGCGCGUCGCUGGUCGCCCGUUGGCAUGCUGAAGGUCCUGCUCUUACACAUGAUCGAGCAAGCCAUGCUCGAGUUCCCGGGCCUAUGAUACUAUCCGAGACCCUUACUGAGGAACCGGACGUGAUGGAUGUGGAUGACGAUCAGAGGACCCGGGUAGGAUCGUUAUCCCACGACCGCCGAACGUCUCUCGAGUUGACCACCACCAUCCUUGAUGGGCCACUCACCGAAGAACCGGCAGAGCUCGGGAUCAGAUCGCACACACCGUCGCGGUCAUCGACCAUGACCACGCUUGCAGGGAGCAUCAUCGUACCCAAGUCGAGUGUCGUCUUCGAAGAACCGCUAGCAGCGAAGCGUGACGACGAGUGGUGGGAUGGAGAGACGACGCGUUCCGGCACACCCGUGGAUGAGAAGGUCCAGAUGCUCCGCUAUCUCAUUGAAGAUCUCACACCCCUGCUCCGCAAACACCAGCGCACACCGUCCAUCGAGAGCUUGCUCUUUGCCGUCGAGCACAAUCCUAUCUCUGUUGAGAUCGCGGCUAACUAGCUCCGAAAUUCUCGAGACAGCCGCAAAUCAUCCGUUUGGAGAGAUGGACUACGACCAGUGACUCGCAUUCUGCACGUCGAUAAUCCGACGUCAGGCCCUAUCAUCCUAGUGCCUAUACUCAUAUGCUCUGCGCCGUCACCCACCUAUGCAUCUCUUCUCAAUCUUACUCGUCGCCCAAAGCAGAUUGGUGCCGCGCGCGUCCCAUUACUUAUGCAACCAUGUCUUAUUAUCGCAUCCAUUGUACUACUGCUACGCAUUAUGUUCUCGAUUUAGCUAUCACAGAUCGAUUCCUUGGGCCUUGGGGCUCAUGCUGAAAACCGAGGGAAGUCUACAGAUGCUUUGACAGAUCAGGAUUUGAGAAGAGAUUGCCUGAGGAAGGGAGAUUCCGUCUCCGUCUCCAUAGCGAAGGAA